UGUCCAGUGUCCAUAUGAUGAUGGAGAUUCAUGGGGCUUACAGGAAAGGGAAGAGAGUGGGCAAGUCCAUUUUGGUCUAUUAAGAAAGAAAUGAUCAGAGAUCAGUGCCAACUACCGGAAUGACCUUGCUCAAAGGGAUUCUUGUUUGAUUAAGACAGAUUCUCCAUAGUUGCAAGACUCAUUCCAGAGAUCCUUAAGCAGAAUUUCCAUGGAAAUAUUUAAGAUCACCCUAGUGAUCCUUAUUAUCAAGAAAGGUUUUGAAAUAUUGCCUUAAGGAAAAAGUAACAUCUAAGGUGUCUUCCAAAGCCUUGCAAUAUUUAAGUGGUGAAUGAAUGUUUCGUGGUUGCCUGGAAGCUGAUUCAUGAGGAGACAAGACGACCCCCCAGAGACACUCAAUAUCAUGCUUCCUGCUGGCACAUCUAGGAACCACACUGCGACUGCAGUUUUGUACUUGCUCACCAAAGCUAACUUCAGCAUGCUCAAAAGGAAGCAGAGCUCCAGGGUGGAGGCCCAGCCAGUUACUGACUUUGGUCCCGACGAAUCUCUGUCCGACAACGCUGACAUACUCUGGAUUAAUAAGCCAUGGGUUCACUCUUUGCUGCGCAUCUGUGCCAUCAUCAGUGUCAUUUCUGUCUGUAUGAACACACCCAUGACGUUCGAACACUACCCCCCUCUUCAGUAUGUGACUUUUACUCUGGAUACUUUACUGAUGUUUCUCUACACAGCAGAGAUGAUAGCAAAAAUGCACAUCCGGGGUAUUGUCAAGGGGGAUAGUUCCUAUGUGAAAGAUCGCUGGUGUGUUUUUGAUGGAUUUAUGGUCUUCUGCCUUUGGGUUUCAUUGGUGUUACAGGUAUUUGAAAUUGCUGAUAUAGUUGACCAGAUGUCACCUUGGGGCAUGUUGCGGAUCCCACGGCCACUAAUUAUGAUUCGGGCAUUCCGGAUUUAUUUCCGAUUUGAGCUACCAAGGACCAGAAUUACAAACAUUUUAAAGCGAUCAGGAGAACAAAUAUGGAGCGUUUCAAUUUUCCUACUUUUCUUUCUACUUCUUUAUGGAAUUUUAGGAGUUCAGAUGUUUGGAACAUUUACCUAUCACUGUGUAGUAAAUGACACGAAACCAGGAAACGUAACCUGGAAUAGCUUAGCUAUCCCAGAUACGCACUGCUCACCAGAGCUGGAGGAGGGCUACCAGUGCCCCCCAGGAUUUAAAUGCAUGGACCUGGAAGACCUGGGACUUAGCAGGCAAGAGCUGGGCUACAGUGGCUUUAAUGAGAUAGGCACCAGCAUCUUCACCGUCUAUGAGGCCGCGUCCCAGGAAGGCUGGGUGUUCCUCAUGUACAGAGCUAUUGACAGCUUUCCCCGCUGGCGCUCCUACUUCUACUUCAUCACUCUUAUCUUCUUCCUGGCCUGGCUCGUUAAGAAUGUAUUUAUCGCUGUCAUCAUUGAAACAUUUGCAGAAAUCAGGGUGCAGUUUCAACAAAUGUGGGGAUCGAGAAGCAAUACUACGUCAACGGCCACGACGCAGAUGUUUCAUGAAGACGCUGCCGGCGGAUGGCAGCUGGUAGCUGUGGAUGUCAACAAGCCCCAGGGACGCGCCCCAGCCUGCCUCCAGCAAAUGAUGCGGUCAUCAGUUUUCCACAUGUUCAUUCUGAGCAUGGUGACUGUGGAUGUGAUAGUGGCUGCAAGCAACUACCACAAAGGAGAAAGCUUCAGAAGGCAGUACGAUGAGUUCUAUCUUGCAGAGGUGGCUUUCACAGUACUUUUUGAUUUGGAAGCACUUCUGAAGAUAUGGUGUUUAGGAUUUACUGGAUAUAUCAGCUCUUCUCUCCACAAAUUUGAACUACUACUCGUAAUUGGAACUACUCUUCAUGUAUAUCCAGAUCUUUAUCAUUCUCAGUUCACAUACUUUCAGGUUCUUCGGGUAGUUCGACUUAUUAAGAUCUCACCUGCACUAGAAGACUUUGUGUACAAGAUAUUUGGUCCUGGAAAAAAGCUUGGGAGUUUGGUUGUAUUUACUGCCAGCCUCUUGAUUGUUAUGUCAGCAAUUAGUCUGCAGAUGUUCUGCUUUGUCGAAGAACUGGACAGGUUUACAACGUUUCCAAGGGCAUUUAUGUCCAUGUUCCAGAUCCUCACCCAGGAAGGAUGGGUAGACGUGAUGGACCAAACCUUGAAUGCUGUGGGACACAUGUGGGCACCUGUGGUGGCCAUCUAUUUCAUUUUGUACCAUCUCUUUGCCACUCUGAUCCUCCUGAGUUUGUUUGUUGCGGUUAUUUUGGACAACUUAGAACUUGAUGAAGAUCUAAAGAAGCUUAAACAAUUAAAACAAAGUGAAGCGAAUGCGGACACCAAAGAAAAGCUCCCCUUGCGACUUCGAAUCUUUGAAAAAUUUCCAAACAGACCGCAAAUGGUGAAAAUCUCAAAGCUUCCUUCAGAUUUUACAGUUCCUAAAAUCAGGGAAAGUUUCAUGAAGCAGUUUAUUGAUCGCCAGCAACAGGACACCUGCUGCCUCUUACGAAGCCUUCCGUCCACCUCUUCUUCAUCGUGUGAUCACUCCAAACGGUCUGCAAUUGAAGACAACAAAUACAUUGACCAAAAACUUCGCAAGUCUGUUUUCAGCAUCAGGGCAAGGAAUCUUCUAGAGAAGGAGACUGCAGUCACUAAAAUCUUAAGAGCUUGCACUCGACAGCGCAUGCUGAGCGGAUCAUUUGAGGGGCAGCCAGCAAAGGAAAGGUCAAUUCUCAGUGUGCAGCAUCAUAUCCGCCAGGAGCGCAGGUCACUGAGACAUGGAUCCAACAGCCAGAGGAUCAGCAGGGGCAAAUCUCUUGAAACCCUGACUCAAGACCACUCCAAUACAGUGAGAUACAGAAAUGCACAGAGAGAAGACAGUGAAAUCAAGAUGAUCCAGGAAAAAAAGGAGCAAGCAGAAAUGAAAAGGAAAGUGCAGGAAGAGGAGCUGAGAGAGAAUCACCCAUACUUCGACAAGCCACUGUUCAUAGUUGGACGGGAGCACAGGUUCAGAAACUUCUGCCGGGUGGUGGUCCGGGCACGCUUCAAUGCAUCUAAAACAGAUCCCGUCACAGGAGCUGUGAAAAAUACAAAGUACCAUCAACUUUAUGAUUUGCUGGGCUUGGUGACUUACCUGGACUGGGUCAUGAUCAUCGUAACCAUCUGUUCCUGCAUUUCCAUGAUGUUUGAGUCCCCCUUUCGAAGAGUCAUGCACGCCCCAACUUUGCAGAUUGCCGAGUACGUGUUUGUGAUAUUCAUGAGCAUCGAGCUUAAUCUGAAGAUUAUGGCAGAUGGCUUAUUUUUCACUCCAACUGCUGUCAUCAGAGACUUUGGUGGAGUCAUGGACAUAUUUAUAUAUCUUGUAAGCUUGAUAUUUCUUUGUUGGAUGCCUCAAAAUGUGCCUGCUGAAUCUGGAGCUCAGCUUUUAAUGGUUCUGCGGUGCCUGAGACCUCUGCGAAUAUUCAAACUGGUGCCCCAGAUGAGGAAAGUUGUUCGAGAACUUUUCAGUGGCUUCAAGGAAAUUUUCUUGGUCUCCAUUCUUUUGUUGACAUUAAUGCUUGUAUUUGCAAGCUUUGGAGUUCAGCUUUUUGCGGGGAAACUGGCAAAGUGCAACGAUCCCAACAUUAUUAGAAGGGAAGAUUGUAACGGCAUAUUCAGAAUUAAUGUAAGUGUGUCCAAGAACUUAAAUUUAAAAUUAAGACCUGGAGAGAAAAAGCCUGGAUUUUGGGUGCCCCGUGUUUGGGCAAAUCCUAGGAAUUUUAAUUUUGACAAUGUGGGAAAUGCUAUGCUGGCAUUAUUUGAAGUGCUGUCCCUGAAAGGCUGGGUGGAAGUGAGGGAUGUUAUCAUUCAUCGUGUGGGGCCGAUGCAUGGGAUCUAUAUUCAUGUUUUUGUAUUCCUGGGUUGCAUGAUUGGACUGACCCUUUUUGUUGGAGUAGUUAUUGCUAAUUUCAAUGAAAACAAGGGGACAGCUCUGCUGACUGUAGAUCAGAGAAGAUGGGAAGAUCUGAAGAGCCGAUUGAAGAUAGCCCAGCCUCUUCAUCUCCCACCUCGCCCGGAUAAUGAUGGUUUUAGAGCUAAGAUGUAUGACAUCACCCAGCAUCCGUUCUUUAAGAGGACAAUCGCAUUGCUUGUUUUGGCCCAGUCGGUGCUGCUGUCCGUCAAGUGGGACGUGGAGGACCCAGUGACUGUCCCUUUGGCAACCAUGUCAGUUGUUUUCACCUUCAUCUUUGUUCUAGAGGUUACAAUGAAGAUCAUAGCCAUGUCGCCCGCCGGCUUCUGGCAAAGCAGAAGAAACCGAUACGACCUGCUGGUGACGUCACUUGGUGUGGUCUGGGUGGUACUUCACUUUGCCCUCCUGAACGCAUAUACCUACAUGAUGGGUGCCUGCGUGAUUGUCUUCCGGUUUUUCUCUAUCUGUGGAAAGCAUGUAACGCUAAAGAUGCUCCUCCUGACAGUGGUUGUCAGCAUGUAUAAAAGCUUCUUCAUCAUAGUAGGGAUGUUCCUUUUGCUCUUGUGUUAUGCUUUUGCUGGAGUUGUUUUAUUUGGUACUGUGAAAUAUGGAGAGAACAUUAACAGGCAUGCCAACUUUUCUUCAGCUGGCAAAGCCAUCACCGUACUGUUCCGAAUUGUCACAGGCGAAGACUGGAAUAAGAUUAUGCAUGACUGUAUGGUCCAGCCUCCCUUUUGCACACCAGAUGAAUUCACAUACUGGGCAACAGACUGUGGAAAUUAUGCCGGGGCGCUUAUGUAUUUCUGUUCAUUUUAUGUCAUCAUUGCCUACAUCAUGCUAAAUCUGCUUGUAGCCAUCAUUGUGGAGAAUUUCUCCUUGUUUUAUUCCACGGAGGAGGACCAGCUCCUAAGUUACAAUGAUCUCCGCCACUUUCAAAUCAUAUGGAAUAUGGUGGAUGAUAAACGAGAGGGGGUGAUUCCAACAUUCCGGGUAAAGUUCCUGCUGAGGCUGCUGCGGGGGAGGCUGGAGGUGGAUCUAGACAAAGACAAGCUCCUGUUUAAGCACAUGUGCUAUGAAAUGGAGAGGCUGCAUAAUGGCGGCGAUGUCACUUUCCAUGACGUGCUCAGCAUGCUCUCUUACCGGUCAGUUGACAUCCGGAAGAGUUUGCAGUUGGAGGAGCUGCUGGCCAGGGAGCAGCUGGAGUACACCAUCGAGGAGGAGGUGGCCAAGCAGACCAUCCGCAUGUGGCUGAAGAAGUGCUUAAAGCGCAUUAGAGCUAAACAGCAGCAGUCCUGCAGCAUCAUCCACAGCCUGAGGGAGAGCCAACAGCAGGAGCUGAGCCGCUUCCUGAAUCCUCCCAGUAUCGAGACCACCCAGCCCAGUGAGGACAUGAACGCUAACAGUCAGGAUAAUAAUAUGCAACCUGAGACCAGCAGCCAGCAGCAGCUUCUCAGCCCCACGCUGUCGGACAGGGGGGGCGGCCGGCAGGACUCCGCGGACCCCGGGAAGCCCCAGAGGAAGAUCGGACAGUGGCGGCUGCCCUCAGCACCAAAACCAAUAAGCCACUCAGUGUCUUCGGUCAACUUACGAUUUGCAGGGCGCACAACAAUGAAAUCCGUAGUGUGCAAAAUGAACCCCAUGACCGACACGGCGUCGUGUGGUUCAGAGGUUAAGAAGUGGUGGACGCGGCAGCUGACAGUGGAAAGCGACGAAAGUGGCGAUGACCUCCUGGAUAUUUAGGUGGACUCGGCGCAGAGCGAGGUCUAACGGGGAACGCUGCUUUCCCACAUUUUUUCCUACGGUCUCACAUCCACUGGUGAGCCGUCCGUACUUGAGACGUCAUUUAAGGCCACCUUGUCACAAGAUUUUUUUUAAGUGGAUUUUUGUCCUGCCAUAGGAAGGCGUAAAACUUGAUCUGUCGCAGUUGUACACAUGAGGGGUUGUUAAUCUGUGUUUGAGAAAUGUGCGUCAUGGCAGUAUUUGUAAUAUUACCCGAUACCAGAUGUAGAUCUUUCAGACAUUUCAUAUAUCCUGUCUAUGGAAACUAAGGUGUGUAUUCCUAUAUGCUCUUCUGCAGUAUUACCACCCCCUGAAAGAGUGCUAAGCCUAAAGUGGCUGAUAUUUAUGGUACAGAAGCUAUAGCUUUAGUUCAUGUUUUUCCCACUUCCACUAGAAAUACUUCCCUCGGGAAAAUUUAUUAUUUAUGAUUGAUCUGCAAAGGUCAGCACUGAGCUCAUAACUAAAAUAAUAGUGGUUUUACAAACUACAGAUUCCGAAUUUUUAAAAGUAUGUUCUUUUUCUCAUGUUAUUCUUAAAAAUAUGCACAAGAUAUUUAGAAGUCAGAACAAGUCAAUGUCUGUCUUCAGUCACUCUAAUGAAACCAUUGCCUGCUUCCUAGAGAACUCUGUGUGCAGGGACCAGGCAGAGAAAUGGGCCCACGGAGCCAACUGGUUUAAAACAAAUAUGUAAAGUAGAUCGCUUCAGGGAUGUGGUUACAUAGAGAUGUUGAGUUUCUUUUAUCUUUCAAAGCCUUUUAAUAACUAAGUGUAGCAAAAAGAAUAAAACUAUAUGAUUCAGCUUAUGAAAGAAAUCUUCACGUGUGUGAUGGUAUCAUUGGGUUCAUUUCUUACCCAGGGUAUGUAUGUUCAUUUUGCCAUAAAGUCGGCAGAUAUAUUAUGAGUAGAUCCCAACACACCUGUACCCUAUUCAAUUCAAAUUGACUCCCUGCUGCCAGACUCCUGUGGGAAUAACGGUAACCCUGUAAAAUCCUGCUUGGAACUCACAGUGUAGGGACCCCAGGACUCAGCUAUAUUUGUUUCACACACCACAUGCUCUGGAAAAUAAAAAUGCAAAGUGAUUACAAAGUUCCUCAGCCUCUUAUGCUGGAUCAACCAAGGAAAAGUGCAUCCAGGCCCCUAAAUACAAUAUUUUUGAUUGGAGAUUUGCUCUUUAAAUGAUUUCUUUUAAUGGGGUGAUUAUCUCUGAGUCCUUUGACACCCCAGGUUACUUUAUGAUCCUUUUUUUUUCUGUAUUUAACAUUCUUAAAAUAGCCGAAUCCUUUCUGUAUAACGUUAACAUUGUGGUGCGAUCUAUUGUUUAUAGGAUUAAUUGUGAGUCUAGGAUAAUGGGUAAUUGAAGUCAGUGCAGCCAAAAGGAUUUUAUUUGGUUUUAUGUUCCAUUGGAGUUUACUUUUUGUACAUAAGAAAAUCAAAUAAAUAUUGACUUUGUAAAAGAAUUUA